AUGUCGUACGUCCCGCCGCACGCGAGACGCCGUUCGAAGGGGUCGACGACGACGAAUGCGUCGCAAUCCACGCGCACCGUCGAGGGGGCGAUCAAGGAGCUCGCGAAGGAGACGCAGCGAGCGAAUAAAAAGUGUCGAAGCGGCGCAGAGGCCGCCGGAGUGGAGGCGUACGAAAAUGUUCUUCAGAGCGCUCGAGAGCUCGCGUCGAGAUGCGCGCGAGGCGCUGGCGCGAUCUCGGACGCCGAUAAAGCAAAAGUGUUCCUGGCCGAGACGGCUCUAGAGUUUUCGAGCGAGAUCGAGAGACGGGUGCGGAGAAAGCCGCUGUCGGAGAACUCUCGAGGCGAAGAGACUGCGGCAAACGAACAGGCGAUGUCUCUCGCGAUCGAGGCGCUCGGCGUGUUUGAAAGCGUGAGCGAUUCUGGCACGUUAGAAAGAUCGAACGGCGUCGCGACAGCGUUGAGUCGAAUAGCGGAGCUCGAGAAGGAUGACGCUCGCGCGGCGGAGGCGCUUCGACGAGCAGUCUCCAUGUAUGACGUUGUGUCGACCUCGAUAGAGGGAGAGGGACGCUCGUUAGGAGAUGCAUUGCUCGCGUUGUGGAACUGUGCCGAUGCGCGGCUGAAGCUUGCCGAGCGCGCGUCUGAAAGGAAAGAGGAUGCGAUCGCGCUCGCGUCGUAUCGAGAAGCGCUGAGCAUUUACGAAAGAGCAUGCGGUCACUGCGACGCGAAUCAUGGUGACGAUUUGGGUGGAUUUUUGUACGAUUGGGGAUGUAGUUUGACAAGCUACGCGCAAUUUUUGGCGAAAUGUAAGAAUUUGGACGAAGCCGCGACGGCCGCGGAUGCGUCGAUAGAGAAGCUUCGCUCGUCUUCACAAUUUUCCAUGGGCGCUGUAGAGCCACUCAACGCGUUGGGCGACGCCCUGCAGACCAAAGCCGAGAUCUUGCAGCACGUGGACACGAACUCGGCGGAACAAAAUUUACGAAGCGCAAUAGAGGAGGCUUACGGUGCCGCACUCAAGCUGAACGGCUCAGACCUGAACGCACACGUCGGGGUGGGCGAGUCCAACAUGGCGCUCGCCACGUAUUGCGUGCGUCGCUCUGACCAAGCCGGUGCAACUCAGGCUUAUCGCGUCGCGUGGGAGGCGUACAUCAAAGCCCUCGCUUUGAGCGAUGCUGGAGAUCCCGGGAACUGUGAAGAGAGGUUCGGGGUCGUAUAUAACGCAGCGUGCGCCGCCAACCGUGCUGGAGAGCGCGAUACCGCGAGAGUGCUCUUGCAACAGCUGUUGACAUGCGGGGGCACGACUAAAGAUGUGAUCGACGCCGACGCCGACUUGCAAUGA